CAUUCAUUAAGCCAAAGAGAAUAUCAGUCAGCAAGGCGGAAGAGUUUCACAUUUGACCUGUGUCAGAGAUGGAGGCAUUUGUUGAUCUGUCAGAGGAGGGGAUGAUUGAAAGUCUGUGGACACCUAUAAACAAGGAGACAGCUGCUCCAAUGCUUCAUGCUCCUAUUGAGCACCAUCAGGACUGGAACGUCUCUGGUUUUGCUCCAGUGCCUACUGCAGGAAAAUCCAUAUUAGAAAAAUUACACCUGAAAUACUCUCAGAAACCAUGGACUGAAACGUUUAAACUUGUCCGCUAUUGUUUGGAUAAGCCUGCUGGAAGAGCUUUAAGGGGCUGUGUAGAUCAUCCAGUUUUGAGAUGCACAAAUACACUACAAGAAGCUAUAAAAGCAAAAUCCCUAUCGACCUUAUUAACUCGCAUAGAAUCCAUAUCUAAACAAAAGGGGUUAGAAUCUCACCUUGGUCCCAAUGGAAGAAUUUGCUAUAUCACAUCAGAAAUGUUCUAUAUAGAAGUUCAAGUGAAGAGAAAUGGACAUGUAGCAUCUGUCAAGCUGGCUCACCAUGGUGAAUCUCCAACGAUGUGCAAAGAACUGCUUCAGCUUCUCAGGACAAACCAUUUUGAUGGCUUUGGAAAAAGUUUGGAAGGGCUUUUAAAUCUGUACAAUAUUCCAGGAAACAGUGAUACCAAAGCUAAAGUAUAUCUUGCAUUGCACAGUUUAGAAGAUGAUCUGAGUACAAUAUUCAAUCUGAACAGACCUGCAACUGAUAAGGAUAGGGUGAUGGCAAUCUUACAUGGAAAAGUAGGUUGUCUUGCUCCCAGAUCUGGAGGCACCCCAAUGAAAACGGAGUACUAUAUUUCACCAUAUCAAAUUUUGGAACAAAAUCUAAAAUUGGCCCCACAUGUAGUUAGAUCAAAUGCAUCAAUAACCGUUGCAGGCACAAAGAACUGGUAUCGUCUUCCUGUAACCCCAUUAUUUCAUGAGAGUACUCAAGAAGGUAACGGAAUCCAAGAGUUUUCAAAACUCACUGAAGAGUCCAGCAUGGUACUUCCGGCCUGCUUCUUUUUAACAUUUUCUCAUCCUGCGCCUUUCGUGAUGUGUUUAAUUCAGAAGAUUCAAAAUAUAACUGGCCUACCGGUUAUUGCAACAAUACAAGCUCCACUGCAUAAACUGCUCUUGGAUGGGAAGCAUGAAAAGCUAACCAAAGAGGAGAGCCGAGAGAUCCAGUACGUUGUGUCUCUUCCAGAUUGCAUGGACCAUUGCUAUGUUAUUAACAGCAACACAGAUAAAGAAAGCACUGUGAUUGGUGUAUUGGUAAACAAAAUACCCUUUACUCACCCAAGUUGUGUUCCACUAAUUUUGGAAGUUUUAAGACACCAAGAGGCCUACAAUACACUGCUUAGAAGCUGUAUAUCCAACACCAUAAACCCUAAAAACAACACUGACAUGCUUCACUUUGAAGUCUCCCUGCAAAGAGACCUGAAAAUCUGCAUUUCGUUCCAGCAUCCCACUGGUGGCAGUCUUUCCUGUGUUGUCAUUGAUGUCUUGUGCUCAAGAAAAUUAACGUGCAGUCUGUACACAAGCUCCUCGGAUCCUCCCUCACCCUGCAGCAGUGAAUUUAUAGUAAAGGUUCUGGAACGUUGUAUGUCCAUUCCUAUCACUAUGAGAACCAUCUUCAAGAAGGCACAGAAACUGGAGAUUACUCAGAAGAUGGAGACUAAUUGUACAAGCAGCAAUAAUAUUUUACCUCCACAGACCCCAGCAGAAUCCCCACCAGCAGGAACUGAUCCAUCACAUAACAUAUUACGAGAAACCAUAUCUGCUUCUGAGAAAACUCCACAUGCUGCGGUCUAUGAGUCCAAUGAGCAGUUUUUCCCUGAUGCCAUUGGCUCAAUUGGACCCAGUCCAUGUCCCGCUCAAGAACCAAACUACAGCUUUACAGAAGACGCCUAUUUUAGCAUGGCAAAAGUCAAUGCUAAUGGUGUAGAAGAGACCAAUUCUAGUCCUGUUGAAGAAUCUUACUCUAGUCUACCCGAGGAGCCAAAUUCUAGCAUUGUCCAAGAACUCAGCCCCAUUAUGGCUGAAGUGCCCAGUCCCAACAUGGGAGAAGAGCCAAGUUCCAGCAUUACAGGAGAGCUGAGCUCCAGCAUUGCAGAUGAGCUCAGCCUGAGCGUUUCUGGGUUCAUGAAAUCACAGUCCAUUCCUGAAGAUGAAAAAGACUGCUAUCCAAUAUAAACAAGCAUGCUUUUUUUUCUUUCUUUUUCCAUGAUAAUGUUCCCAUAAAUAAAUAGUAGUGUUUAAACGCAAUAA